GAGGAAAUGGACGCAAGCAUAGCCAGCUUACGCGAGUCCUUGGCCAACAUGCGUGCUGGCGAAGACAGUAGAAAGGAGCCGGAUUUCCACAACUCUACCAUUGAUACCACCCGUUACAACGACACCCAGGCCCAGUUGGACCAGGACAUCAGCUUUGAGAAGCCCAUGACAUUCACCUCCUCCAGACCCAAAACCUCGUGGAGAAAGUUCAGGUCCUCAUACACCCCUCAGGAGCAAUCGCUCUCAUUCAACCCAUCACACGCAGCCAAAGCCAGUAUCACCCUGCGAAACUCGUUCCAGCCACAGGACGCCUCUACUGCGUCCAAGGUGGACGACCUCAACAAACAAAUAACGGGGUACCGUAUCCAAAUCAAGUUCUUCAAACAAUUCUUGCAGAACUUGAUAGACAAGAGCCGAUCGGGUUCCAACAAGGAAAACGACUUUUUGGAUUUGGACGAGUUGACCCGCUUCCAGCAGAGCUUCAAUGGCCUUUCGCCAUUCAAGACUGAAGAGACCACCAAACUAGAAACAGACUACAAUACGUUGUUGAGUAAUUACGACGAGAUCUUCAAAUUAAACGAGGAUUUGUACGAGAACUUGGAAGCAUUCCAGUCACAAUUACAAGCGAAGGAAACCCAGGUCCAUCAAUUGAACGAAUACAUAGAGGCAUGCACCCAAAUAGUCAACCUGAUCCUUGGAGUCUUGAUUCAAAAUCCAAAUACUGAUGCUCGUACCAAAGAAGCGUUGGCCAGAUGCAUGGAUACCGACAACUCUAGCAGGCCCCUUGAAAUAAAGCUACAAGUUAUAAGUUUUGAAUUCGGUCAGCUAUUGAAUAAUUCGCCGGUAAAGUCAGUACCGAUCCCACUUAAUACGGGAAAUCAAGAGGAAACUCAAAAUCACAUAGCUAUAAUCAAAGAGUUGAUAACGUCAAUUGACCAUUUGGAGGAGAAAUUUUCUGCUCAAAGAGCAGAGACUGCCAGACUAGAGAAGGAUUUAAAGGAUGAAGUGGAAGAAGCACAGAAAGUCAAGAAGAGCUAUAAAUUGAUAAGCGAAAAGUUUCAAACCUUAUGCCUGACACUUGAAAAGAGCGAUACAUAUAAGUAUUCCGAAGAACUAGAAAAAGUUCAAGCAGAGAACGCUAAGCUCAAUGCUAUUAACAAUGCCGUGGACGCCAAGUUUGACGAAUAUCAAAGGAUAGUUGACAAACUUCAGCUUGAGGUAAACGAAUUCAAAGAAUUUUCCAAAAAUACGGCCCGUAAUGACCAAGAUCUUCAAGGCGAAUUACUUGAGUCUCAUAAAGCAUUGAGUGAGUUGCAUGAAGAGCUCAAUGAUAUAAGUGAAAAGUAUCGCAAGCUUCAAGAGGAAUCCUCGAACACAAUUUCCUCCUUGACUGACCAGUUACACCAAGGGCAACAGGAAAUAAUGCAUUGGAAAGCAGAAGAAAGAGUGACAGAAAAGUCCAAGAAGGAUCUUGAUAUUGCAGUGGAGAAGCAAAGAAUAUACAAGUCAGAAAACAUACGGCUUGCCUACAAAGUGGAGUCACUUACCAACGACAAACAGUCCUUGCAAUCAACUAUACGAAGCUUGACCGACAAGGUGACUGCAUUAACAGUAGGGGAGACGAAUGAACACUCUGAUGCUCAUAAGAGAUUGAAUGUUCUAGAGUACCAGUGCAAGGAGCUUUUGGCUGUGGAUGUGCAUGAGUUCCACAAGCUCUUGAAGUCGUUCAAUAAAAUAGCGGAUGAUUCUUCGGUUAAAGAUCCAUCAAGAAAGUUGGAAACGUUAUCCAAGAAACUAGUCAAAAUGGAUGAGACGUCACUUGAUAGUUCCGACCUCAAUUAUAUGAGAGAGCUCCACAGGUCCAUAUUUGACUACUUCGCAAGAGCUGUGGAGAUGAUUGUCAAUGACCAUGUCAAGCUACUUUUGAAAGAGUCAGAGGGUAGUCUACAGAACAAGGAGUAUAUCGAUAAACUCCACCGGCGUAUUGACGAGCUCAACAACCUUAACGAUUCUUUCAACAGACUGGGGGUGGAAGACCUGACCGAGGUAGCGGAAUCAGACUCUCCCAGAACAAAGCUACGGAUGGAUGAGUUGUGGAACCGUUGGAAGUCAGAAAGAGAAGCUAGGGUUUACGAGAGCAAACAGGCCAACAGGAGGCUCAAGGAGCUAGAAAUGGAGAACUCCCGGCUUCGAGCAGAGCUC